AUGCUCCGCAGUGCCGGAGGGAACAUCAGCAUCAGCAACAACAACCAACAACAGCUAGCAACGACAGCAAGUGAACGAGGAACAGAACGGAAGACGACGGACAUCCUGGCUGAAGGUGCCGCAGAGCCUGACGACGGCGACCUUGCUGAGUCUCCGCGCAUCGGCUUCAACGACGGCAUUGACAAAGUGCGUGGUCCCAAUGGCCACGCUGAGAAUAUGGGCCGGGUCGAUCCCCGACUUGCUCAGGACGCUCUCGACGACGCUCUUGAUGCCGCUGGUGACAUCUGGGGUCGUGGGCGUCUUGCUCGAGGCGAGGACUCCGCGCGAGGGCGUCUCGCUGGCCGUGAUAUCGAGGAUGGCGGCAUCAGUGUUGGUCCCGCCGACGUCUACGCCUAUGCGGUACAUCCUGACGUCUGCAGAAGCGAGGGACAGCAGCAACAACAACAACAACGACAGCAAACGAACGACAGCAGCGACGGCGGCUACCAGUUAACUAUUACUCUGCCUAACGAGGGAGAAGACACUGCGAGUCUCAGGCCCUGUUUGAGGUUAUAUGCGAAGGGAGCAGCUGGGAAGGGGGGGGGAGUCCAGAGAGAGAGUCCUCGAUCGCCGCGAGGUCUCCAUCAGCAGUUUAUAUAUCAAGCUGGCCGGGCCUGA